AUGCGUGAAGUCGUCACUCUCCAGUUCGGCCAGCAGGCCAACUACUUAGGCACCCACUACUGGAACACUCAGGUAAGGCAAGUAUUCUCCAGCUCGCGCACAGUGGCCAUCGGGAGGACUAACGCCAUAGGAAGGAAUCGUAUUUCACAUAUCCCGGGGAGGAAGAAUCUCCCGUAGACCACGAUGUCUCCUUUCGGCCUGGUAUGGGAGCAGAUGGCUCGGAGACAUAUACGCCGCGGACGGUCAUAUACGAUUUGAAAGGCGCAUUCGGUACACUGCGCAGAGAGAACGCUUUGUAUCAGCUGCAGCAACAAGAGAACCCUUCUCAACAAGGCCAGUGGAGUGGAAGAACGAUUCCUCUGCAACUUUCGCCCAUUGCACCAAGCUCCUAUCAGCAGGCACUCGAUCAAGGCUUGGAACCACCAGUACUUACGAACGAGACUGUACGCUUCUGGUCGGACUACAAUCACGUGUUCUACCAUCCCCGAAGCAUCGUACAGCUGAACGAGUAUGAGCUGAAUAGCUCUUUGAUGCCCUUCGAGCGCUUUCAAACAGGCGAGGAGCUGUUUGCCAACCUUGACCGCGAGCAUGACUUGUUGGAUCGAGACUUGAGACCCUUCUUAGAAGAAUGUGACCAGCUUCAGGGAAUCCAGAUCUUCUCAAGUACAGAUGAUGCUUGGGGCGGAUUCACGUCUAGAUAUCUUGAGCGCAUCUCGGAUGAAUUGGGCAAAGGCUGUCGCUGGGUCUUCGGACUACAGCACACUCAGCGCACGUCACGAGAGCGACAGGCGCUGCAAAUGUCGAAUGUGGCCCAGUCAAUCUACGGGAUCGAUCAAUCUGCCAGCAUGCAUAUUCCACUUGCUAGCUUGCCGUCCUCUCUUCCAAGUUAUGCGGUCAUUGACGGCACAAGCAAAUGGAACACAUCGGCACUUCAGGCUGCCGCAGCCGAAUCGAUGACAUUGCCAACGCGCCUUCGAAGUGCGCAGGGCGCUCGUGCAACGUUCGACGAUUUGGAAUCGACCUUGAACGGGGAUGGCAUGAGACGAAUAGCUGCUUGCGCACUUUCAGUACAAGACGCGGCUCAGCUUGAAGACGAUGCGCAAACAAAUGGCCACUCUGACGAUCGCAUAACAAACGGCUAUCACGUAGAAGAUGAGGUCGAAGACAAGGAACCAGAAGGAGACAUUGAUCUUUUCCCAGAGCUGACGACUCAGUCUGUGAGGGGACAGCAGAGACGCCGGACACAUCUUUUCAGCAAGAUGCAAUCACUACGUGGGCCGUGGAAGACCACAACGGAGCUCGAGGAGUCUGAUGCCCGGCUGCAUGAUCGCUUCUCAGCUAGCCGCGCGCGAACCUCUCGACAUCAGUCGGCGCUACUGUUCCCUGUGCUGUCAUCUUACCCCAAAAUCUUCCAACUACAAUCGAACCCUCACAAGCUCGCCAUCAAUGCCACACUGUCGACCUCGACGGCAAUAGCGGAUCGUAUCCGGAGCAUUGUGGGCGUUGCCAGGCGUAUGGUCGGUAUCGACGAACGCGAGGCGCUCUGUGAUGGACUCACGACCAUGGCAGAAGAAUAUGAAGAAGGCUGGGACAGCGAUGAUGCAAGUGAUGAUGGUGAUUAG